AACGACGUCCUUUCAAGGGGAUUAAUCACGAGAUGACGUUUGGGCGGGCUGACGUCCAACGAGCGGUGCCUGUGAGGCUGAAACCUGAUCAUCACAAUAGUUGCCCUCUCUCUCCUCCUCUCUCUCUCUCAACUGGCUUAGUUUUCUUCAAUUAUUUUCCAUCUCUGCACCUCUUUGUUGGUAAGCUGUUUCCUUUUGUUCCCUUUACUUUCUUUACCAUUUAUAAUUCCCUUAUCUUGUACUGUCAUGGCCCUUAUGAUUUACUUGCUCAAGACCUUUUGUGUAAGAACAAAACUGGAUCUUCACCUUUGACACAUAGGAACAAAAUAAAAAAUUUCCUUAGUUUUGCGAGUGGGUUUGCUUUAUAGUAUUCAAUUAUCACCGUGAAAUAGCACAAAAUACUAGUGUUUGUUUGCGGGUGUUUGUAUUUUUUGGCAUUUCAUGGCUUCUGUAAUGCUCAGUGGAGCUGAGAGUCUUAAACCCAUUAGGGCCAUAGCCCCCAGUGGGAUAGGAUCAGCGGGGUCCGAUUUUCCUAAGAGAUUUUCGUCCCAAAAGGGUCUAGUGUGUUAUACUAGGAAUCCCAGAACCAGAACAAUAGCACCCAAAUGCAGUUUAUCUUCCUCGAGGCCUGUUUCUCAGCCUAGGUUCAUCCAACACAAGCAAGAGGCGUUCUGGUUCUAUAGAUUCCUGUCCAUAGUAUAUGAUCAUAUCAUAAACCCUGGACACUGGACUGAGGAUAUGCGGGAUGAGGCACUCGAGCCUGCUGAUCUUUAUGAUAGGAAAAUGACGGUGGUUGAUGUCGGAGGCGGGACUGGGUUCACUACUCUAGGCAUAGUUAAGCAUGUGGAUGCAAAAAAUGUCACUAUUCUGGACCAAUCCCCUCACCAGCUUGCCAAGGCUAAGGAGAAGGAGCCUUUGAAGGAAUGCAGGAUAAUUGAAGGUGAUGCAGAGGAUCUCCCAUUUCCAACUGAUUAUGCAGAUAGAUAUAUCUCUGCUGGAAGUAUUGAGUACUGGCCAGAUCCACAGCGUGGCAUUAGGGAGGCUUACAGAGUACUGAAAAUCGGUGGAAAAGCCUGUAUAAUUGGCCCCGUGUACCCUACCUUUUGGUUGUCUCGUCUCUUUGCAGAUUUGUGGAUGCUCUUCCCAAAGGAGGAAGAGUACAUUGAAUGGUUUCGAAAGGCUGGUUUCAAAAAUGUUCAAAUAAAAAGAAUUGGUCCGAAAUGGUACCGUGGUGUUCGGCGGCAUGGCUUGAUUAUGGGAUGCUCUGUGACAGGUGAAAAGCCUUUUACAGGGGACUCUCCCCUACAGCUUGGCCCAAAAGUGGAAGAUGUAAAGAAGCCGGUGAAUAAAUUUGUGUUCCUUUCGCGGCUCAUUCUUGGUGCAAUUGCAGGAGCCUACUUUGUGCUGAUUCCAAUUUACAUGUGGCUCAAAGAUAAAAUUGUUCCAAAAGGUUGGCCUAUCUAAAAGAGAGGCUGAACAGAGCAAAAAGAAAGCUUUCUUCCAUCCCAUUGCUACCACACUGGUUAGCAUUCUGUAUGGAAGAUCAUUCCCAUCCUACCCACCUGCCUUUGACAUUUCUCCAAUGAGACAGACUUAUUCCUUGUGUAAAAGCAUGCCUUAAAUAACCUGCAAUGCCCUUGGCUCUUAGCAACUUUGUUGGAAUGGUUUGUAGUGCAUGUAAGAUGUAACCUAGGUAAUCCAUAAAUAGGGAUUGCCUUAUGUCUAUACUUCCUACUUUAUCAUCUUUUUCUAGUUGUUUUUCUUCUAGCAUGCAAGUUCUUUUCUGGGGAAUCAACUUCUGUAAUCAGUUGAAAUCUUUCUUUUCUUUCUUCCUUUCUUUGUCUUUAAUACUAUUAUCACCAUUUUUAGA